ACUAAACAUUUGCUGCCAUCAGCAACUACAUUGAAACAGGAGAAAGAUGAAACGGUUAUCGAGAUGCUGCUGCUGCUGCAACGUGCGGGACGGGUCCAUCGUGGUGGGCGUGCUGGGCAUCCUGCUGUCCAUCGCAACCAUCAUCUUCAUCUGGCUGGCUCCGAGCCACCUUGUCUCCUUCAAAUCCUACUUCUUUGAAGAACAGGAUAAACAGUACAGUAUUUCAAAAAUCAUUAUGACCAUCAGUUUAUGCUUCACGAUACUGAUAUGCAGUGCCCUCAUCAUAGCAAUCAAAAAGCGACGUUCAUGGCUGAUGCUCCCGUUCGUGGUACUUGGACUGGUGCUGGCCAUUGGGCUGCUCAUCAGCAUUCUGCACACAUCCAUCGUUCUUUACACGGACGAUAAAGAGGAUUACACCAUCUUAGCCACCUGCAUACUAGUGGGCGGCUUGAUCUAUCUAAUUCUAUAUUUGUACCUGUGGGUGGUAGUAUUCAGCCAUUACCUGGACACACGUGACGAGGAAGAGCGAGGACGGUACAGCAAAAGCCCUUACAGACGAUAGAAACGAACAACAACCCAUUGAUGUACAAGACUAAAAUAAUUUAAGGCGCCUAACACCUCCAGUGACCUAGUCACAUUGAACGGGCAACUAAGCAGUUAUGGUGUUCCGUUAAUGUGCUCAUCAUACUAUAUAAUACAUAUAGGUAUACAGCUAAGAGAAAAUAGUUAUGUAGCAAUCAAACACUCCCAAGAUCUUUAGACGGGCACAUCUGCGAAACGCUGUGAAUACUCUAUUUCUAGCAAGACUUAUUAGCUAGUCGCGGUGCUGCCGCGUACCUUUUUUUUACUUUUUAAUCUGCCAGAAUCUAGUCCCGUUCGCAUCUGUAUGGAGGCUGCAUUUGAACGUGUUUAAAAAAAUGUAGGUACAUUCAAAAAAGUUGGAUGUCUCAGUCUCAUAUGUACGUUUGGUUUGGUCAAAACCAACUUUUUCAGAUGUUCUGUUUCAUAUGCCAAGAUGAAUCUGAUUGGUAUUGGGCAUACAAAAUGUAUGCUUAAAUGUGUAUUGCAUAUUAAGUAUGUCUAAUAUUAUAUUAUACAUUACUAAUGAUUAACUGUCGAAUAAAACUCUCAACUCGAAUGGCUCUUUUAGGAUACAACUUUGGAAGCGCUAAAAUACUAAAAAAUAAUAUUAUUGCAAAAAACACUAAAAAUAUAUAUUAUAGAUAUGUAUUUUUUUUGCGUGACAUUAGAAACAUUUAAAAACACAUACGUGUAAGAUUUUUAGACUAGAAUAAGACUGGUUAGUUCUAUUCAUGCCUAAAAAACUUAGAUAGAUUAGACUCUAAAAUUUAGAUGCACCAAAACUGUAGGUACUCUUUAUUUGUAAGAUGUGUCAGUAAAAGUAUAUAAUCAAUAAUAGAAAAAGGUGUCUAAAGGUCCAAUUCGAGUCCACCUAUCUCAAAAGUAGCUACAUAAUGAAUUUAUCAUAUGGUAGCGCCGUCAACUUCUGCCACAUUCUCAGGCCCCGAAGAGAUAUAGAUCAGACUUUCCUGCAGAAAAAUGUUUAAGCAAAAUGUGAUUGUUUUAGACUUAAAUAUACAUAUGUAUGUAGGAUGGAGUCCAAAAAUUAAACCCACUAUCACUUUUUGAUUUAUAUUUGCUUUUUAACUAUUACAGCUCAAUUUUAGUUACACCACCAUUCGCCAUCUUUCUUUUCCAUCCCUCCUCUCACUCCCUUACACGCUAACAGUUGCGUUCAGGUAAAAUAAUGUUACAACCAAAAUAAAAUACAAAAUAGACUCCUACAUGUAUACUCUUUAUUAUUGUAUACUUAUACUAUCGCAUAAUCGAAAAAAAUGAAAUGACCGACAACAUUUCAUUUUUAGCAAGUUAUUCUUAAACUUUUUAUUUUUGUGUAAUACACCACCUAUAUCAGCCGUAGAAGCCAAUAAAAACCAGUUUGACUUUAGAGUUUAUUGCGAGAGAAUACGGUAAUGAGUUGAAUGAGUUCACUGAUGGCUGUUAUACGUGGGCAUAGAGAAACGAGCUUACCUUUUACUGUAUGGGGUGGGGCUAUACAGCCAUUAAAAAGUGCCUUAUUGUAGCAUAAGAGCAAAGUUGAAUAUUUAACAGAUUAGUCCAAUAAUUACGCUUUUACGAGAUGUACCUAAUGUAUCUAUUGGGUAUGUCAGGCAUAUAUAAGAAUUAAAAGCAACGACAACACAGUUUAGAAAAAAAUAUGAACUUAUUGCCAAAAUGAUUUUCCUAUUUGGCAAAUAAUCAUUGUAUAUUGUUACCGCCAGUGCCAGUCAUGUUCACAGUCAACAUGUUUAAUAAAGUUACACUCAGGCUACUGCGACUACUGGGCAUGUACUUGUAGGUAUGAAUCGUAGCUAUCGUAAGUCAGUCCUCGCAGUAUGAAUAUCGCCAUACUUAAAUUUUUACGAAAAAAUAUUACAUCUAUUAUUAUAUACAUACUUACAUAAUUGUUGCAAAAGAGUUAACCUAUUAAAAACGCAAAUAAAAUACUCAUGAUAGAUCUGUAAUUUUAUGUAACUUAUAGGCAUUAUAGGAAUUGAAUGCUACAUUAAAUAUAUUCAAUUCAAUCCAAUUCAAUUCAAUUAUUUAUUCAUAAAAUUUUACAUUUUAUGUAAGUUGCAUAUUAGCGCAAAUAUUUUGUAGUCAAUUAUUUUUAAAUUUAAUGUAUGUUCGAAUAUACCUACUGAAGCGAAAUAUUUUUUUGCGAAUAAGUAAAAAUAAUGUAUAAUGACUGACAGUGACAGUCGAUACUCUAGUAUUUUUAUAAAAUGAUAUUAUAAAUUAUAAACUGACGUGUUUGAUUGUUUUUUAUUAUUAUUUAAACAGUAAGAGAAUAUGCUAUCAUGAUCAUAAUGUGCAACACAUAAUAAGACCUACUUACGUAUAUUAAACGCACAAUUUAAAUUAGUCCCCAGGUAGCAAAAUGACGUAAAAUGACGUCAGCGACGUCAUAAUGACGGCAUUAUUACGUCAUUACGACGUCGCUGACGUCAUUUGACGUCCUUUUGCUACCUGGGUCGUGAUUUUAUGAAACUUGUAUAAUAUGUAUAAAUAAACUGGAUAUACAUUAAACAAGUUCUAUGAACUUUGAAGAAUGCUAAUCAUAGUUAUGAAUGUUCUGAUUUUAUGAUCUGGGUAUAACAUCAUUAAUUUUUACAGAAUAUUAUAAAUAGUAUCUAAUUUAUAUUUCUAAAGAUACAUAAUAACUUAUUUCUUUGUUUAUUAAGUAUUUAACAUAAUAAAGUACAAUUUUAAUAAACGUUGUAAUAAAUGCUUAA